UGCUAUGUUUGGCGGUCUGUUUUGAGGCAGGGGAAAAAAACGGGAACAGAGCACUAGCGCAGCUUGCUAACGUUUACUUGUGUUAACAGGUUAGCAAUUAAUCGCUAGUUGAGGGAGUUUUACGAAAAGUAGGAAGACAAUCUGAUCCCAGUACCCAAACAUCUGGGUAUGUAGUCGGUCAGGGAAUGUGUAUGAUUGUGGCUUUUGGUGUAGGCAGGGACGGCAGCUACAGGGAUUAGCAGUGCAAUGCUCGCUUACCUUUAGACGGCUUGCUAAUUAUCUCAUAAACGGGCAUUCUGGAGUGUUUCGAUACGGAAGAAUCGUCAUUAUUUAUACGUGGACUCUUCCACAAGCCUGCAACCGGUGUAAAUAGUCGGGUAGUGAAGCGUUUUGAGGUAACUAGCUCGCUGGGUCGCCUUCAAGUACAAGGUUAGCUGCUUAAAACGAGCCACCUGAACCCAAACACCAUCGCGAGAGGGCUAUGUCUUCAGCAGCCACUACGCCCCCAUCGGUGGACAAGGUGGACGGCUUCUCCAGGAAGUUGGUCAGGAAAGCCAGGCAGAAGCGAGCACAGAGCUCAUCUCAAUUCAGAUCUCAGGACAAGCCCAUCGAGCUGGUGCAGCUGCCGCUGUUGAAAGAUGUUUCUGCGCAGGAGCAACCAGAGUUGUUCCUCAAGAAGCUGCAGCAGUGCUGUACUCAAUUUGACUUCACGGACACACUGUCUGAUCUCAAAAUGAAAGAGUACAAGCGAUCCACCCUUAAUGAACUGGUGGACUAUGUCACCGUCACCCGGGUCUACCUGACUGAACAAACCUACCCUGAGGUUGUCAAAAUGGUGUCCUACAAUAUUUUUCGGACUCUUCCACCUAGUGACAGUAAUGAGUUUGACCCUGAGGAAGACGAGCCCAUGCUGGAGGCCUCGUGGCCACACUUGCAGUUUGUUUAUGAGUUCUUCAUUCGCUUCUUGGAAAGUCAGGAAUUUCAGCCCAGCAUUGCUAAAAAAUACAUCGACCAGAAAUUUGUAUUACAGCUCCUAGAGCUGUUUGAUAGUGAGGACCCUCGUGAGAGGGAUUGCCUGAAGACAGUGCUGCACAGAAUCUACGGCAAGUUCCUCGGCCUCAGGGCCUUCAUCCGCAAACAGAUCAACAACAUUUUUCUUUGUUUUGUGUAUGAGACAGAACACUUCAACGGAGUAGCUGAACUGCUAGAAAUUUUGGGAAGCAUCAUCAAUGGUUUUGCCCUCCCGCUCAAAGGUGAACACAAACAGUUCCUGGUUAAAGUCUUGCUGCCUUUGCACACAGUGAGGAGCUUGUCUCUCUUCCAUGCCCAGCUGGCUUAUUGUAUUGUACAGUUUCUAGAGAAAGACCCCAUCUUAACAGAACCUGUGAUCAGAGGCUUGUUGAAGUUCUGGCCAAAAACCUGCAGUCAAAAAGAGGUAAUGUUUCUUGGAGAGUUGGAGGAGAUUCUAGAUGUGAUUGAGCCCACUCAGUUUGUUAAGAUCCAGGAGCAGCUCUUCAAACAGAUUGCUAGAUGUGUGUCCAGCCCCCAUUUUCAGGUGGCAGAACGGGCAUUGUACUACUGGAACAACGAGUACAUCAUGAGUCUGAUUGAGGAGAACUCUAGCGUCAUCUUGCCAAUCAUGUUUGCCACUCUCUACAGGAUCUCUAAAGAGCACUGGAACCCGGCAAUAUCAGCUUUGAUCUACAAUGUGCUCAAAACAUUCAUGGAGAUGAACAGCGCCUUGUUUGAUGAACUCGCUGGCAAUUACAAAUCAGAAAGGCAAAGAGAAAGAAAGAAGGACAAGGAGAGGGAGGAUAUUUGGAGGAAGCUGGAGGAGCUGGAGCUUACACGGGGCAUCCAGAACAAUUACGGCAUCAUUCCCACCUAACAUGGACCUUGCUCUGCCCUUCUUUGUGGCCCAAACCAAGCCCUUUCUAAUCUGCCACAGGGACCCUGCCUCCUCUUUGCUUCUCAUGCUAAAAACUUUACUGCAUACUCCCUCAUUCACUUCCUCCCUUUCAACAGUACUGUAAAUAACCCUCUCCCGCUUUCCUGUAUCAUGCUACUAAACUGCAAAGAAGAAGAAAGAAAAACUGAAAAUUUGAAAAGGUUAUGUGUACUUCCAGGGAAGAGACUUCAUGUGCACUCCUUGUUGUAAAAAGAUAUGGUAAAAUAAUAAUCACCUAUGGUCAAAGGAUAUAUUUUAAAAGCCUUUUGGUUCAGAAAUUGUUAAGCGUCUUCAUGUUGAUAUUGAGUGUGAUGCCGGUGUUCUCCAAGGAAGUGUGCUGGGUCCCCUCAUCAAGAAGCUUGAGGUGCCCACCUCCACCUUGUAUCUUUCCCCACAACUAGAGACUUUUCCUAUCUAGAUGAAAUUUGACUCCUGGCACUGGGGGCACAAGCCAGAAGCACCGUACUCAAAGCAGACAAGAAAGGAGAUGUUAAUAACAGAAGUUAGAAAAACAUCCCUGUGGUGUGUAUUUUUUAACAGGAUGAUCAGGAUAUCUGAUCAGCUCAGUCACUCACUGUACAGAAUGGACAGGUGCUUGUUUGCAGUUGGCACCACUGAUCAAGAAUUAUAAUAUACCCGAUGGGCCACUAUAGGCCGUGGUGGAUACCUGUGCUCAAAUUAGAGGACAAACAUUUCCGAGGACCUUCAUUUUUAACUUGUGAACCAGUUAAUGAUCUGGUAAUAGAUAUUUUCCCUUUCUGCUCUGGAGACCUCUUGGGAAUUUCAAUGUGGAAAUUUAAAAGUAACCAAGAGUGGCAACGCAGUUGCCCAUAUGGCUUCAGACGAGCUCUGUUUCUCUGACUCUAGAAAGAACUCGUGAAAUUUUUGUGGCGCACAGUGUUCAGAACUCAUCCAGUGUUUUUAAAACAGUUAAGUGACACAUUUUUAAUAAAGAAUAUUCUGGACUGCUUUUCAUGGGCCACCCAGAUUUCCACUGCUCAGCUCUUCUAUUAGUUUUAUUUAAGGAUGGUUGGAUGCAGUCUAUAUGAUUGAGUUGAGCGAGACGAGGUUUAAAAUGAAAUCCUACCUAUGUUGGUCCUACCGAUGUAGGUAAACGCUGUUCCAGUAGGUCGUAAUCUCUCUUCUGAGAUGCCAGCCGCCAGGGCAGGCUAGAACUAAAAAGCACUUCAAGUUAGCCAAUUAGUUGUUCUCAUGGGAUUCACCCCCUUCUCUUCUGAUUUUACAUGUGCAGAGGAUGUAUUUUAUUAUAUCUUAUUUUUGGCUCAAUCAUGUCUCUUUCUCUAUCCUUGUUUUUAACUCUCCCAAGCUGUGUGUUUUAUGAUGGCCCAGGUUUGAUAUGUACAAACAAUUCAAAAGAAAGGGUUUGUUGAAUAGAAUAAAUCUAAUUAUUUUAAAAAGAGAUAUUAAAUAAACCAGUUUUUUUUUUUUUUGUGAUUGUUUUAUUUGCUGUAUUUCAGUCCCAAGAUAUUUUUAUCUGAAUUUGAAGUUUUAAAUUUGCUCAAGAAUCAGAAAUGUUCAUCAAAAGUGAAAAUUCAGUGUCAUCUUUUACUUCCCCUCGUGUUGUUUCAGACCUGUUCAAAUUUCAUCAGUGGAUCACAAAAGAAGAUAUUGGGCAGAAGAAUAUUAGUGAAGGGGCAAUUGACUCUUUAAGUGUCCCAAUGGAUCAAUAAUAUUGCCAGUGCCCAAAUUAUGUUCACAAUAUACUGAUUCAUAGGGAGCUAAGGAACUGAUUUGUGUGUGUGCAUUCGUGUGCAUUUGUGUGCGUUUGUGUGUGUUUGGGUGGUUUAUGAGGAAUUUUUUUUUAGGUUACAAGCUGGUAAUUACAAGGUUGCUAUAAAUGGGCUUUGAGGACCUUUCUAGUGUCCCCAUAAUUUAAAUAGCUUAAAAAUACAUAAUUUUUUUUAUUAUAAUUUUUUUAAAAAUAAAAAUGCAGAAACAUUUUUAUUUUUGUGAGGGUUAGGUUUAGGGGAUAGAAUCUAUAGUUCAUACAGUAUGAAAAUAAUUAUGUCUAGUCUAUGGAGAGUCCUCAUAAGAAUAGCUGUGUGUGUGUACGUGUACUAUCCCUUUAAAAGGCACUCUUAUCAUCAUCCUAUUAAAAGAGACUAAUCAGAUAUUCAUCUUUGAUCUAUGAUGCCUGGAAAUGUCUUCAUGUGGAAUCAUAGUUUUGGAUAGACAUUAUGCAAGCUCUGUAUUGAGAA